UUCGGGGGCCGUGCUAACCGGUGCACGCUGGACCCUCUCCUCCUCCUCACGCAGACGGUCAAGGAUGCGUGGCGGAGGGGGCGAGUGGUCAGUGUCCUGUACCUGGACGUCUCUCAAGCAUUCCCGAACGUUGCACACGGCCCACUACGAGCUAGGCUGCAGGCAGAGAGGGUUCCAACGGCGGUAGUUGACUGGAUC